AUGGUCAACAACAAGGUGUUCGUCCAUGUCUUCCGUUACAGCGACAUCCACCGACGCCGAGUUGACAACUUAGUUCUAAACGAUGAAGUCCUCUUCCAUCGCUCUAAAGAAGUAGGAAUCCGACAACGCCUGCAACUGUCAUUUUUAGACAGAAGUCAGCCUCUCCGCAUGCGGCCAACAAUUGAUUUUUGGCCCUGCCAACAGUCCGCAUCUUAAUCCUGUCGGAAAUAUUUUCGCACCUAACAAAAGGAAGUCACACAAGGUAAUGAAGAAACUUUUAGUGCAAGAAAAGCUUGGUUUUUUGCUACUUAAUCACACUGAAUGAUCCACCAUAGGCAACCCGGCUGUCUGCAUGUCUGAGAGUCUUUUUGCUGUGUUAAAUGCUGAUAGACGAUCAACAGGGUACUGAUUUCUUGUAUUUGUCAUAAUUUCAAACUACUUUCCCAUUUUCAUGCGCCCCCUUCCUUGUGUACCCCUAUAGUUAACCUUAUUAAAGUAAUUUACAGUGUAGCCAUUUUCUGUAACUAGUUUCCAGUCAAGAGUAAUUAUUUUUAUGUGCGUAAAUAUUAAUUACGAAACCCAACUAUGCCUUCUUUUCAAGAACGGUCGUUUAUAUACUGCGGUAAGACUUGAGAAACGAGUUUGCAUUAUAGGGGUUUUUUUGAGAAAUUCGUGACAGGACCUGGCGAUCGAGACAAUCGAGUUGCUUCUACAAAGUAAACAGGAUGAAACGGAGAAUCGUCUUGGACGCGCCCAAACCCUUCAGCUCCUGAAGUUCUGUCUCAGGACGUAUCUCAAGUUCGAGGGGACUAUCCACAAACAGGUGAAGGGCACACCAAUGGGUUCGUCGAUUUCGGGAUUCAUCGCCGAGGCGGUCCUUCAACGGUUUGAGUCGCUGGUCUUCCAACCUAACAGACCGAAACUCUGGGCACGGUAUGUGGAUGAUACCUUUGUCGUUAUCGACCGGGAUCAACUCCUGACAUUCAAGGAGCGUCUGAAUGUGGUCUUCCCGGACAAACAAUUUACGAUUGAGGAAGAAAAUAACAACCAGCUGGCCUUCCUGGAUGUCCUCCUAUGCCGCAAAGAUUAA